AUGACAAGGACUUUACCAGAUGAAAUCUUGUUUGCCAUCUUCCAGGGUUUACCAGAUGACAUCUUGUUUGAAAUCUUCCUUAGGCUGCCGGAUAAGUCUCUUGUCCGCCUCAAAGUCUUAUCCAAACACUGGCACUUGUCGAUUUCUCGAAUGUGUGUUCGCCGGAGUAUAAAGCCUGUAGUUGGACUGUUUCUUCUAACAUACAGUGCUCGUUCUACGGAUCCUCAAUUCAUCAUGAGAUCAGCUUUGCGUGUUUAUUCCUAUUCUCAUACGGAUGGCCUGCCCACACUAGUCUCCGGGAGAAGAAUGAUUGGUAACUAUCUACCUCUAGAAGAAGGUGAAGAGAAAGGACAACCCUUAUUACAUUGGGAUGACUGCUUUAGCUCUUUUGGGUUGCCAUUUAGACCAGUUGCGGUUGAUCUGCUCCAUUGUUGUAAUGGCCUGCUCUUAUUUCUGGACUUAGAUUCCAGACUAUAUUAUGUCUGUAAUCCAUUGACCAGGCAAUAUGUGUCAAUCCCUCGUCCUCCAUUUUUGAUGCAAACAUUUGUUUGUGGUGCACUUGCAUUCGAUCCCUCUCGUGGGUCAACUCGCUACAAAGUUGUACGGGUGGACGGGUCCCCAUACCGUGAUGUUCUUGUAGACAUAUACUAUUCGUUUGGGAGGAUUUGGGCUAGACGCAAACUAAAGGUGGACCAAUGCGUGCGCAAGGGUUUAUUGUUGAGUCCCGCGGUGUACUUCGAUGGGGAUUUAUUUCGAUUAUCCGAUACGUGGAACCUCAUACGGUUUGAUCUGAAGAGUGUGAGUAUUAGCGUGACCGGCCUUCCUUUGAGUUAUAGAGAGUGUGAUGGCUUGAUGGGAUGCAUGGGGGUACAAAUGGACCGGUUUAUGUACGCGAAUGAAUCAUGCAAUGUGUUAUACUUAUGGUCGCUCGAGAAAAUUGUCAACAGUGAUGUAUGGAGUUGGGAUUUGAAGCACAAAAUUAAUAUUUAUGAUUUGACUAGUGGUAUUUUGCUUAACAAAGCGGAUGCCCCUGAUGGUUGUCAUUGGAUUGGGCCGGUUGCUUUUGAUCCACACUCAAAUGUGAUCUACUUUGGCAGCUCUCUUGUUAUCCUCAGAUGCAACCUGGACAAGGAUAAUAGUUUGGAGGAGAUGAGUAGAGUGGAUGGGAAUGUCAUGUUUCUUCCUGGAUGCCACUGUCGAGCUUUCCCUUACUUUCGAUGGCUUCUUCCAUUCACCGAUGCUGGAGAUGCUUGUGAUCGGAAUUUUUUGAAGUUUGUUUGA